AUGAACUUCCUAAACGCCGUGGCGGCAACAUGCUCAUUCUAUCCAUGCAUCCGCGACUAUGCAGGAACUGUCCGCGACACCAUCUUCACCGAGACAGUCAUAAACGAAACGCCAAUAAAACCAGCAAGAUCCUCUAUGGAAAACCGCAUUUACGACUUCAAGGACCUGCACGACCCCUGUAUCAUUGACGACCAAACAUACACACGCGAUAACAUAUCCUCCGUACCAAUCCAGGGCAACAAAUUUACCACCUACAAUCUCUACAGCACCAACACAACCUUCCCAACAGCCUGCAUCUAUGGCACCGAUGGAAUCUACGCAAUGAGUCUUGGAACGUUCAUGAAAUCCCUCAUGAACGGAAACUGCACCACCAUUCCAGAACUUGACGCCGAGUUUUAUAAAAACGACUACAAAACCCUGAAGUGCGACCCCUGGCAGCUCGAGACACUGGUAAACAAUGGCCUCGCCAGCUUCGACGCCAUCGAUCGCAACAUGCAAUCCGUCGCGACGGCCGUUACGAGCGAGAUGCGUAGAAAGGGGUCUUAUUAUCAUCCCCAGUCUUACAGUGCUCCGCCUACAUUCGCUACAGGAACUGUUCUUCGCACGACAAGUUGCACAAAGUUCGAUUGGGUGUGGUUGAGUUUCCCACUUGCAUUAAUCAUCUUAACCAUACUUUUGUUGUGCAUCACGUGCGGCAAGAUGCUGUUUGAUAAGUCCAGGGUUCCAGUAUGGAAGUCAUCGAUUUUGCCGUUGUUGCUCGCGGGUCAUCGACUGAGAGAUGUAGCUGCCGCGAAGGAUAUGGAUGAUAUGAAGGCGAAUACGGAACCGCUGGUUGUGAGCCUUGUGCAGGAUGAGAGAGGAUGGGGGUUUGCAAUCGAGGAUUUUAAGGAUAAGAAGAAGAAGCGGGAGGACUAG